UUGCUUCUUAGAGUGCCACCAACUCCUAUCUUCUUCUUAACACACUUCCAUUCCCUUAACAUCUCAUUAUUAUUCUUUUUGAUUCAUUCAGCUGAUAGGACUUAAGAGAAUGGAAGUUACAGGAGGCUAAGGCUUGCCAAGUUCUAUGGCCCACUCUGAUACCUGGGCAAUGUGUGAGGGAAAAUACAAAUCUGGAAGUUUAAGAUAUAACAGACAGAAAACUAGUAAGAGGGAUUACUGUAGGAGCAUAACUUCUGUUAUGGAAUUUGAAUCAGACUGGAUAAGGCACAGAAAGUCAUCUUCUUAUGCUGCUCAUGUGAUUCGUUCCGCGACAUCUUUUAUGCCUUGGUCUUGUAGAAUCCCAAUUGGUGAAGGGUAUCAUGAGCUUCUUUAAUUAGUUGUACUCAGUAAGACAUUUUCACAUUGUUUGGUUGAUUGGUCAACAACGAGAUUUCUCUAUAUCUUCAUGGUAUAUAUGCUAUGUGUGAUUGCUAAUUGAAAAAUGCCUGGUUUUGUGGCUGAAAAGAAGAGAUUUUCUGAGCCAAAUAUGUGUUUUCCCAAUUUGGCCAACCAUGAUGAACGGCCUCUCACAAAAAGCAAUCAUUAUGUGAGUGAGGCUCUGGAUGAUGUUGAUGAUGGUAGUAGCCCCAUCCUACCUGGGCUGCCUGAUGAUGUUUCAAAGCACUGCCUUGCACUCGUGCCUCGUUCUAACUCCCCUGCAAUGGGUGGUGUCUGUAAGAGAUGGAGGUGCUUUAUUCGAAGCAAGGAAUUCAUAACUGUGAGAAAAUUGGCUGGGAUGCAUGAGGAAUGGCUCUAUAUCUUGACAGCAGGUAGUGAAGGAAAUGGGAGCCAGUGGGAGGUCAUGGAUUGUCUCGGUCAAAAUCGCCGUUCUCUUCCGCUGAUGCCUGGUCCAGCGAAGGCUGGCUUUGGGGUAGUGGUUCUUAAUGGAAAGCUCCUUGUUAUGGCUGGUUAUUCAUCGAUUGAUGGAACUACCUCUGUCUCAGCAGAGGUUUACCAAUAUGAUUCUUGCCUCAACAGCUGGAGCAGAUUGUCAAACAUGAAUGUGGCACGCUAUGACUUUGCUUGUGCUGAAGUCAAUGGCUUGGUUUAUGCUGUUGGCGGCUACGGCACAGACGGUGACAGUCUCUCCAGUGCAGAGGUGUAUGACCCUGAUACCGACAAAUGGACGCCGAUAGAGAGCCUUCGUCGCCCGAGAUGGGGUUGCUUUGCCUGUGGAUUUGAGGGGAAGCUGUAUGUGAUGGGGGGAAGGUCAAGAUUUACAAUUGGAAACUCCAAGUUUGUUGAUGUGUACAACCCCAAGAAGCACAACUGGUGUGAGAUGAAAAACGGGUGUGUCAUGGUCACUGCUCAUGCAGUGCUGGAAAAGAAGCUUUUCUGUAUGGAGUGGAAGAAUCAGCGGAAGUUGGCAAUAUUCAAUCCUGAGGACAAUUCAUGGAAAAUGGUUCCGGUUCCUUUGACAGGGAGUUCAAGCAUUGGUUUUCGGUUUGGGAUACUGGAUGGUAAGUUGUUGCUGUUCUCACUUGAGGAAGAGCCUUCAUACAAGACUUUGUUGUAUGAUCCAAAUGCAGCCCCUGGAUCUGAAUGGCAGACUUCUGAUAUAAGGCCAUCUGGUUUGUGCUUAUGCUGUGUAACUAUCAAGGCCUGAAAUGUUGUCUGCUUCUGCAAUUAGAAACCUUGAGAGAGCUUUGGACCUUUGCUGCUUUACUAGGAUUUUUAUUUUUUAUUUAUGGACAAGAUCCAUGCAACGUUUCAAAGUUGAUAAUUAAGAAUUAUUCUGCAUUUAUGGACGUGAUUUUUGCUAACUAAAUAUUAUUUUACGUUGCAGUAAUCGAUUCUGGAUGUAUUAGGUCAACUCGUGUUUUAAGACAAGUUUUACAACUAUUAAAUCAAGAGACUUCUUAUUUUACUA